GCAAGUAAAACUUCUCUGGCAGGCGCAUUGCCAUAUGUUGGCCACUGCUAUUGAUCCUCGCGACUAUAUUGGAUUUUCCUUCAAAAGUUUAUCUAAAAAUUCGAGAAAUUAUUUUAUCGCGCCGUAUCGGAAAAAAAUUUCCCAACAAGCUGAGGCAGAAGAGAAGUCUUCUUUUUUAUUAAAGAACGAGAACUACAUACCAGUAGCCAAUCGCAUAAACUGGAGUGUGGCCAAAAAACUUUCUCUUCAUCUCGGGCAGUUGAAGCGGCGCAAUAAAGAAGAGUUGACCCCCACUAAAGAACCUAUAAACGAGUUGAAAUUGGCCGCUGGCCUUUUGGAGUCUGCCAAUGCGGUUGAGCCGUGGAAUAGCAAUGACAACGAUAAUAAUAAUAAGGCAACUUCUGUCAUUUUACUUCCGAAAAACGAAAAAACACGUCGUAUUAUUCGAACUUUACAGGAGCGGGGAGAAAAGUUAUAUGUAAUUGAGGGCAUGCAUCCGUCCAUCUGCUUGGACACACACGUGGGCGAGUGGAGCGAGGCUGAUAAGGCAGAUCCGGAGUACAUUCGCCAGUUUCUCCCGCAUGCUUUUUCUAAGCCGCUCCAGAGGAAGUAUUAUAACGUUGAUAAUAAUGAGGAGCUUCCCUCUAUAGCAGAGCAAAAAGCUAAGAAAACAACACACAUUCGCACUACUAUACGGGAUUGGUUUAAAGUUUUUCGUUCUCGUUUGCAUUUUCCUAAAAGGAAAACGCCUCUUUUUAUUGCACGAGUUUUACUUCCCUCUGAAAGUAUUCAUUCGAUGCACUUUGGGACGACCUUCCGCUCUUCCCGCCCUCGUUUGCAUCUCGGAAAAAAAUAUUUACUUGUUCCUUCGCUUUGUCGCCCUUUUGGAGAUAUUCCCGAACGUUUCAUCGCCGGCUGUUACAUACUUCCUACUUUGCUAUGUGACUUUGAAUAUGUUUCUAGCAUUACUGAGUUUUCGAUGAAUGUAUUUCCAGAAGAAAGCUUUAAACUUUCAUAUAAAUCUUUGCUUAUGCCCUUUACCAGCAGUUCGUGUAUUACCGGAAAAUAUUUAACUGAUAAUGAAAGGCUUGAAUUUUUGGGAGAUUCUUGGUUGAAAUAUUUUGUUACUAUUCUCACUUUUGAGAGUGAAAAUAGUAUAUUCCACGAGGGCAUUCUCAGUAAAAUCCGCGCCGGCAUUGUUUCCAAUAACAAUCUGGCGGCUUGUAGUCUGGAAGUCAACAUUCCGUCCUUCAUAAGGACUGUUUCAUUCCAGCCUGGAGGAGGACUCUUCUUGCACAAGUGCUUGCCUUCCUUUUUGACACCCGGAACACCCCCUUCCGCCAAAAAACCCCAGAGACCCUGGCGACAUUAUAAACAGCACAAUCUUUCAAGUAAAAGAGUA